AUGCCUUCCACAGAACGUGAUAACUCGCGCGAUAGCGAGAGACUUUUGAAACACCAGCAUUCAGCUUCGUCAGAUGGUGCCCGAGCAAUUAUUCCCAUGUGGGACAGCUCUGAUCCUGAUCGCGCACCUCCUCCAUUACCUAUGAACCCCUCCUCGCCGAGCGUUGCAUCACGACCUAAUACUUCAUCCGCUAUAAAAUCUGCACACGCUGCGCUCACGGAGAAGGCUCGGGAAAGCAAUUAUAUCACAAAUCCCCCACCGAAACGACUUGAGGGAUCACCAGAACGCUCUCUGAUUAAGGGAGCUGCUCAUAAACGUAUGCAGUCACUACAAACGGGAAACGUGCGAGACUUGAGUAGCUUCAUAGAAGCAGGCUCUACAUUUGGCUCGCCUACGCCAUCACCAGAAAAGAGUACAAACCGGCCAACGACUCCACAUACCAACAAGGACUUCUUUUCAGAAGGGAGAUCUCUAGAGAGGUCGCCCGAGAAAUCGCCCGAAAAAUCACCAGAGAAGGAAGGGAGUAGAUCUUCAACACCUACUCCAGCUUGCGAAGUACCAAUUAGGGAUAUACCAACUUUGAGACCUUCCUUGAGAAGACCACCACAGAGCAUUCUCGGCGAAAAUACGCCUCCACAGUCGGCUACGAUGUUGGCAUUACAACAUAUGGCAAGUAGAGAUGUGGAUGCUCCACUAUCAAAUGUCACAAACGGAUCAAAUGCGCUGGUUCGCUCCCCGCAAACGUUCGACGCGAUUUCAACACAGAUCUUGAGCCUUACCAGUAUUGCUACAGGUUUACAACGAGAGAUGGCUCAACUUAGUCGAAGAAGCAAGGAUAAUGCCACAGAUCUAGUCAGUCUGAAGGAAGCCACAAAUGCGCGUGACGAGGACAUUCGGAAGAGUCUAAGAGAUCUUGCCAACAAUCUGAGCGAGUCUGGCUCAAGAAAUACAAGCUCGAUUUAUGGACCGAACGCUGCACUGUAUCUAGACAACAAGGCGCACAAUUCUCCCGGAUCUAGAGGGAAAAUAAGUCUUCCACGAUUUCCUAGCCCAACAAGCUUCUCAGCAUCCCUUGAUAGAGACUCGAUCACCAGCCCCUCUUCGUUCAAUGCCGAUGGCCCAGUCGUUAGUAUUGCGCUACUCGAGAAGAUCCUCCGCGAGAUGGGAACCAAGGAUGGGCAGGAUAACCUCGUGAGUAGGCUGACUGAAGUUGCAGACAGAUUGACUCGCGAAGGGAUGUCUACUGCGAAAAAACUCGAGGAUUUGGUACAGUUUAUCAAAGAAAACAGCACCUCGCAAGAACUGGUGACACAUCACGGCGGGGGCGCUGGAAAUUCUAGGCCUCGAAACUUCAGCUUCGGAGAGUCGCCUCCAUUAGAAUUGGAUUUCGACCAACAAAGAUCCGCACCUAUGACCCAGCGAGUCGAAGCUCUUCUUGGACCAGGAGCAAAUAAAGAGAACAGAGGUCCUAAAUCGGCACGAGCUUCCGAAAUAAUCAACGAAGAUGUUCUGAAGAUCAUCCGUACAGUGAAAGAUAGCGUUGCACAAGGAGGCGGCCUUACCGCAGAAGUGAAAGCUCUUGUUCGUGAUCUUCGCGGAGAAGUUAUGGGCAUGAGUCGGGAGAUUUGCCGCCAAUUGGACGAAGCCCGAAAAGCGUCUGACCAGGCCAAUGUUAAGAACCUCUCUGCUGCAAAAGGCGCUACUAUCGAAAAUGAAAAAGUCACUCACAUCAUUCAAGAAGGAUUAAAGGAGUUGGAGCAACACAUGGACCGCAUCAUGCAGGAAAAUCGUCGCCAAUCUUCCUCAUCCGUAGCUUCACGAAAUACGGUCGAUUAUGGUGAAAUCUACCAGGCCAUGCGCGCUGCAAUCAACGAUAAGGAUCGUGACUCCGCAACACCUGCCUUGGCCAAAGAAGACAUUGUUGAGGCCGUCAGAGAGGCUUGGGAAAACUACAAGCCAGAUAUCGAGAUCCAAAAUUUUGGACUUGAACGGGACGAAUUGCUGGCUUGUUUGAAGGAAGGAAUUCAGCAAUACGCUCCCCAAGACACUUCUCGAGACAUUGGAGGAGCUAGUAGAGAAGAGGUCUUCAAAGCUGUUGUCGAAGGCUUGAAGCAUUUCUCCCCUCCACAGGUAGAGACGGAAGCCAGUCUCUCACGCGAAGAGAUUCUUGAUGCAGUGCGGGAAUGCCUGGAAGAAUUCGAAUUCCCAUCCGCUCCUCUACCAGAGCCGCGAGAACCCGAAGUGACUCGUGACGAUAUGCUUGAUGCUGUCACAGAGGGUCUUCAUAUGUUCGACUUCGCGGCAAAUACAGCAGCUGCGAGUCGAGAUAUCAACAGUGAAAGUUUGACUCGCGACGACAUGCUCGAUGCUAUCACAGAGGCUCUUAAUAAGUUUGACUUUACAGCAAAUACGACAACUGUCAGUCGAGAUAUCCGUAGCGAAAGUUUAACCCGUGAUGACAUGUUUAAUGCUAUCACAGAGAGUCUCAAUAUGUUCGACUUCGCGGCAAAUACAGCAACUGCGAGUCGAGAUGGUGGUGAGGGAUUAACGCGCGAUGACAUCUUUAAUGCUAUCACAGAGAGCCUUAAUAAGUUUGACUUUGCGGCGAAUACGACAGCUCUUAGUCGAGAGGUUGCUGGUGAAGGGUUGACUCGCGAUGAUGUGUUCGUUGCCGUCAAAGCCGGCCUUGAAGAUGCGCCUCUGCAGAUGGGUCCUCACGGAGAACAGAUCAUAGAGCGAUUGGAAGAGGUGAUGGAAGCAAUGCGUACAGAGUUCAAAGCGGUAUCGGAUGAGUCGAAGCAAAACGUCUCGGCUCAUGGAAGAGACACAGAGCAAGUUCUGGAUGCAACGAAGGACGGACUUGAAAAGCUGCGCACCGAUAUCGAGAGUUAUGUCGACCGAGCUGCCGAUGUGACUGGCAAGGAUGAGAUCUUGGACGGCAUGCGAGAAAGCUUCACUUCUCUCCGUGCCGAUAUUGAAUCUUUAUUAUCCAAAGAAUCUGAUAGCUCAAUGGAAGCUGUUCAAGGCGAAUUGGAACAUCUUCGGGAGACGCUGGCUGGCUCACUUGUUCGUGGAGGAGCUAGCGUAGAGAAAGACGAGAUAUUGGACGCCUUAAGAGAAGGUCUCGACAGUCUGCAUGCGAAUAUUGAUAGACCUCGCGACAGUAAAGACGAGAUAUUAGACGUCUUAAGAGAAGGUCUCGACAAUCUUCGUGCGGAUAUUGAGAGACCUCGCGACAGCAAUGAGAGCGUUCUCUCCGGUACAGGGGAAAUUCUCGACGCACUCCAAGAUGGCUUAACUGGGCUCCGUGCUGAGGUCGAGAAAAUCAACAACAAGCCCAUCGACAUGACUGUCAAUUACGAAAUCUUGGACGCCUUGAAGGAAGGUCUAGAGGGAGUACGAGCCGACAUUGACCGUCUCCGAGAGAACGGCAAUGGCGAGCGAGCUAUCGCAGAAAUAACCGACACGGCAAUCGUUGCCGCAGAAGGCUUGAAGCAAAAGGACAUUCAGAAUCUGGAAGUCUUGAUCACUCAGCUGAGAAUGAAAGUUGAAGCUAUGGAAUCUAUGCCACCGCCUGCUGCAGAGCCCGCGCCAGGAUCCUUGUCUAAAGAAGAUAUAAUUAGCGUCGAGGAGAAACUAGCCAAUGUACAAGAAUCAGUGGCAGACAUGUUGAAUCGGGAGCAGCCUGUGGAUGAAUCUGGUAUUAAAAAGGAGGAUAUAGAGGCCAUCGAGACUCUUCUUCGAAACACCAAAGCCAAACUAGACGAGAUGGACCCAGAGCAAGCUGUGAAGAAAGAUCACCUUGAUGCUGUUGGGGUUCUUAUUCACGAAACCAAAGAAGGCGUCGAUGAGCUUAAAAUCCACCUGGAAGACGUUUCUAAAAAGGAAGAGGUCAACACCAUCGAACUUCUGGUUCGCGAUGUGAUUGCAGGCCUUGAAGAGAUGAAGGAGCGUGCAGUGAAGGAGUCGGAGGAUGUUGAAAAAGUAACCAAGACCGAUAUCGAGGCGGUCGAAGCAGUUUGCCUAGAUGUCAAGACUGUCAUUGAGCAAAUGCUUUUGCCGGAUGUUGCCGCUCUAGCAUCAAAAGAUGAUGUCAAAAAUCUUGGGGAGAUGGUCAAGGAGUUCAAGGGCCGGAUUGAGACCCACGCCGAAACCAAUGCAAAAUCUUUCGAAGAACGACAGGCAGAGACUGUUGGAGUUAGCGAGCGAGUGACGGAGAUCAAAAGCUUUCUAGAAGAAUUCAAAGAUACUAUCAAGGAGAAGCUCGACGAGGGAUCCACUAGUGUCGAGACUUUAGGCAAACUUCUUGAGGGUAUGGGUGACUCGAUCGAACAAAACGCGGGCGUAUCAGAUGAUAUCCAAAAUUUGUUUGACAUGAUGAAGGAGGAAUUUGAGAAGUCGAAUGCUGGGGUUGUCGGCACCAAGCUUGAGGCAGAUGAGAAGUUCCAGGAGACACAGGAGACCCUGACAGCCAAGAUCGACGAAAGGUUCAACGAAUUAAUGACAAAGUACGACGAUGCUCUACUAGCGGCUGAAGCCAAGGCAAAGCUCGGCGAGGAGAAGAACGCUGAGGCUGAAGCUGCUGUAUUAGGGACAAAAGCAGUAGCCGAAGAGUUGAAACUACUCAUAGACACUUUAGGCAGUAGUUUUGGCGACUCAGUUGAGAAGAUGGACGAAGCUUCGAAGACUGUUUUCCACAAAGUCGAAGAGACUUUUACUCGAAUUGAGGAGAAUCAUGCCGAAACCAAAACAGAACAUCGACUGACCAGGGACGAAGUUUUCAAGACUGCCAGUGCCAUUGAAGGAGUGGAUGGUCAUGUCAAGGAAUAUCACCCCAAGAUUCUCGAAUCCAUCAAGGACGUUCUUCUCAUUGUUGGUCAGCACUAUGAGCAUUCUAAGACAUCUACUACAGAGAUCCAGGAGAAGAUUGCUGAGAUACCUAUUCCUCCUCCACAAGAUGAAACACCUCUUCUCAAGGAGGCUCCUCCUGUCCAGGAAAAGUAUGACGAUAGCCCUGUUCACGAGAAGCUAGAUAAACUCGUUGACCACAUGCAUGUUGCUGGAAAAUCGUUCGCUCAGCUAGAUAUGCUUGACAAGAUACAUCAACAGGUGUUGCAAACUGCAGCUGAAGUUUCCGAAUUCGUAUCGGCGCAGACACAGCGCAUUGCUGAUGAUCAUGAAGAUAGGGAGAAGGCUGUUGAGGCUGCUACAAUUACACUAGAGAAGCGUCUUGCACAGAAGGAACUAGUUGAGGCUACUGUAGUUGGCCUUCGCGAAGAGGAGGAACACCUGAAGGAGUCUGUAAUCGUUCUCAAGAAUGAGCAGGACGAUCUUGCACACCAAAAGAUGCGCCUUUCAGCUGAUGUGUCAAGUCUUGAGACUGCAUUGCGGAUACGACGGGAGGAACUUCAUGCGAUGGAAGCACGAGCCGAAGGACUUGAACGCCGCAUUCUCGAAGGCGUGAUUGAUCAUUCUCGUGCAGUACUCAUCUCUAAGUCCAACAAAGGCCGAGAUGCAAUGAGCAGGAAGCGCGUUCCCAGCCAUGCCACCUCAACCACCGGAUCCGUAUCUUCAGUCACCACUUCACGAGCCUCAUACACAACACAAAGCGCAGUCAGUAUGGCAAUGAACGGCAACCGCGCCAUGGUCAGCGUUCCCAUCAAAAAUCCCGCUGGCGCAGCUAACGGCAGACGAAUCCUCUCUCUCAACCAAAUCACCCACAACGUACCCACGGGAGGCAUGAAGCGCAGCCAUAGCGUCAAAGCCGCUGGCGGCUCCGGAGCCUUCAGAAAAUCUAGCUGGGCUGGCUCUUUGAACAAUAAAUAUGGCGAUUUGAACAAGGAGAACCUUGCUCUUAAGGAGAGCGAGGAAGAUGACGAUCAUAGUGAUGGUGGGGAAGGAAGCGACGAUGAGACUAUGAGACGUAGUAGUAGGGGUACGACAAUCUUGACUGGUACUACUGGCACGGGAAUGAGCGAAAGUGUGAUUGAUGAGGGGACUGAGUGGACGGGUAGUGCAGAUGGUUCUCAUGAUGAAACUGAGCUGGAGAGUCCAGGCGAGAAUCCAGACGGGAUGGUGUUGUUUGAAGAGGGCGUGGAGGCUACUUAG